AUGCCUACAGAUGUAGAAGGAAUUCUGGAAAAGCUUGGAGAGGACAAGGAGAUGGUCAAAGAAUCCAUUCUCAUCAACUGCACUGAACAGAACAAAGCACAGUUCUCCUUUGAUGUUGAGGACAGGGGCUUCUGCAGCUCCACUGGGCUGCCCACCCAUAGGAACCAGUCUGGCAGUCAGUGUGUGUGUCACAGCAGUGGGAUCGCUUAUUACCCCAAGAUGUCUCCGGUGGUGAUCGUACUAGUGUCUGAUGGGAAAAGGUGUUUUCUGGGGAGGCAGUCCUCCUUCCCACAGGGGAUGUACAGUGCAUUGGCAGGCUUCUGUGACAUGGGUGAGCCCAUGGAUGAGACACUCUGCAAGGAGAUAGCUGAGGAGGUGGGGUUGGAGUCUAUCCACCUAAUGUACUCAGGCUCUCCGCACUGGCCCUUCACACAGAGCGCCUUCAUGAUGGCCUGUCACGCCACCAUCAACCCAGAAAAGACACAGGUCAGUGUGGAUAAGGUGGAGGACGCACAAUGGUUCAGCCUUCAUGAAGUCCAAGAGGCUCUGAAGAUCAAGGAACCACCUCGGAACAACAAAAGAAAAAGGUCAGACUCUGCUCGAUGUUUUGAAGGUGGGUAA